AUGGAUUCUGAUUCAUUGGAUUGGAUAUGGGGGGAUUUUAAUAAUUCAUCUAAUUUGGCCGAGUUGAUUGAAGAAGACGAAGACGAUAACUACGCAUUGUUUGAUAGUAAUAAUGACGAUCAGUUAGACACUAGCUCCGAUUCGAGUCUUAAUAACGAUUGCUCGUUGUUAAUUGGAGAUAAGAGAACAGCACAAGAACUUAAUGAAAUUGUCAAUGAUAUCAAGAAUCAAUAUAACAAAACGUUGUCCGAAUUAGAUUUGACGACUGAUGGCAAACUUGAAGAUGACAAUCACAAAGUUGUCGAUAAAUUUUACACAGAUGCUUUAGAAACAGUCAAAACUAAAUUGAUGGAUGUCGAAAUAGAAUGGUCGGAUACAUUGUAUCAAUAUACUGUAAACGAGAAAAAUAUAUCAGAAUCUUACACAAAAAUUACAAGUAUUGAAAAACUGAUAAAUUUGUACGCCGGCAAUUUUGUUGAACAGCUUAAAAUAAAAUAUCCAAAUAGAAGACCGUUGGUUUUAGUACUCCUAAAUGAAUGCGGUGUACAGAAAUGUGUUUGCACUACAAUCAAGCCAUCUCGAUUAGUUUACCCUAAUCUGAAAGAUUGGACCAGUUACAGCGAAUUUGUUGCUAAACAUAUAACAUAUAUCAAGUUAGAAGAACCUGUGGCUGUGCCUAACAAAAUCAUGUCUCCUACAACAACAUUAGAGAUGCAAACUGCUAACUGUUUUGAAAUGGCGAUAUUGUUAGUUUCUUUUUUAAUUGGUUGUGAAUGCAAUGCUUUUGUUGUGUACGGUUAUGCCACAGAAAUGGUGUGCAAUAAUGAUUUAAGAAAAGUCAAAUUAGACAGGGGAGAAUAUUUAAAAGAUGAAUACAAGUCCGAUUCCGAAGAUAUUACGGAAGAUUUUGAAGAUUCGUAUUCUUUAAAACCUAACAAUGAUUUGUGUAGUGAAUAUGUUAAGUUUCUAAUAGAAGAAGAAAAAAAAACGAUGGUUAAAGAUGAAGUAAAAGAGAUCGACUUUAAUUAUUCUUCUGAUCCGUUAUUUGGGAGACGAGUGCAUGCUUGGGUCUUGAUUAUGCCAUUGAAAAAUAAGGGCGAAAAUAUAAAUGAAUUUCCAUAUUUUAUUGAACCUAGUACGGGCGAACGAAAAGAAAUUUCUAACGAGAAUUACAUAGGAAUAGAAGCGAUUUGGAAUAAUAAAAAUUAUUGGGUUAAUUUACAGUCAUUGGACGGAGGUUGUAUGCAGUAUGAUUUUACUCUGACAAAUUCAAAGUAUUGGGAACAUUUUUUACCAGAUAAACAUCAAAGUUUACGAGGGAUGACAUUAGAUUUAAAACACAAUGAAAAUAUGACAUUCAAACAUCUUGUGAUGCCUAAUUCGUGGGUUAACGUUUUACAAGUUCCUAGGAACAAAUAUCUUAUGUUAUAUCCAAGUGGUAAAAAAGUUGUGACCUAUAUGAAUGCGAUCAAAGAGUUUUAUUCUGAUUACAUCAUGCCUGAUGGAUUGAUUGAAAAAACUACAUUCUUUUCUGAUACCGAGUACGUUAAUAAAAUAUUUGUAACGGAAAUAUACAAAAAUAGAAUAGAUAAGUUAAUCAGAGUUGAGACAAAAUAUACCAUUAAUGAAAAUGAAACCAUAGAAUAUUUUAUAAGCGGCCGGGAUGACUUUUUAAGAACACAUAUGUUUUAUGGUGAUUGUAACAAUAUACACACCAAACGAUUUGUUACGUUUUAUAAUUUGAGACUUGAUUCAAUGGCUGAAUUAAAAAUCGAUGAAAACAGUUUCAUAACUACGUUUAAUAAUAGAUCAGAUUUAUUAUAUUGGCGCAAGUGUAUAUUUCAACAAACAGACAAAAAUAAUAGUCAACAUUUAAACAUCAAAAGGAAAUCUAUGAGUAUUGUUGAAAAAUAUUUAAGAGAUAAAUCAAAACAUAAAGAUCGAGAUAUUGCAACUAUAAGUUUUAAUCUUGAAUCUAAUAGUAUUUACGUUCAAUAUCAAUAUGGCGAAGGACAGAUAACUCAAUCAAGUAGAUUAUUUCAAAAGCCUACUUCUAUAAGAAAAGAAGAUUUUGAUCCUAAAUCUGUUAUUGAAGAUAUUGUUUAUCCAUAUGAGGGACAUCUGAAAACCCACGAAGCGUAUAUUAUGUUACGAGAUUUGAUUGAAGCCGAAAAAGAAGCUUUACAUAAUGUAUCAAAACUAGAGGAUGAUAUUAUACAAAUGAUAGGGACUCGAAGUCGAGAACGAUCAGAGUUUAAGUUAAAGAUGGAUUCAUUGGAUUGGGAUAGAAAUCAUGGGAUCAGAAAAUUACUCCAAAACGAAAAUGAUAAAAAGCUUGCUCUUUCUAAACGAGAUAAAAAAACAACACUAAUAACUAAUAACUCUUUGUCAUAUUAUGUAAUUAUUAAAAAACAUUUUACACAAGAUAACAAUGCUUUAAAUGUUCGUGAAAAAAUCAUACAACAUUUUAGACAAAAUACAAAAAAACGGUUUAUACGAACUAAAGAGUUAUUUAUAAAAAAACAAUUCAAGUUACAAUCCAUGAUGAAGGCACUAGAAACCGACUAUUUCAAAGAGGUUGAACUCAAAAAUAAAACGUUAAUAUUGUGUUCGUUGUUGAAAAACGAACUUAACACAUUGAUGUUGAAAAUGGAAAGAUACAAUGAAACUCGUAUUGAGAGAUACAAUAAUUUGGUAUCAUACUUAAAUAGUUAUCCUGAUUUUAAAACUUUGUUACCUUUAAAAUUUGUAUAA